AGGGGCUACUCCUCUGUUUCCAUGGCGAUACGUUUGAUGGACGGCUGGUGGAUCUAGGCCACGUAACCAAGGGCUGCAGAUUAUCAGCUGACAGAGCGUCAGAGGAAGAACUCCUCCAUGGCUAAAGUGGCUCCACUAGGCCCGCCCUCCACCUCCACCUUAACUCCGCCCACCAUCGUUCUACAAGACAUGGAGGAGGAGUCAGGUGACGUCAGGGAGGGGGACAGAGCGGCUCAAAGAGCAGGAGCGGGAGUUCUGUUCAACGUCAACAACAGCAACAACAACGAGGAAGAGGAGGACGAGAAGAAGAAAAAGAAGAAAGAGAAGAAAGAGAAGAAAGAGAGAAAAGAGAAGAAGGAGAAGGAGAAGCAGGAGAAGAAGGAGAGGAAGGAGAAGAAAAAGAAGGAGAAGGAGGAGAAGGAGAAAGAGAAGGAGAAAGAGAAAGAGAAGAAGGAGAAGGAGAAGAAGGCCAAAGAGGAGGCCCCCAAAGAGAUCACAGUGAUCGACCCGGCAGGAAACACCUACUACCACUGGCUCUUCAUCAUCACCAUCCCCGUCAUGUACAACUGGACCCUGAUCAUCGCCAGGAUGCUGGAGUUCUUCCAGAGGACGGAGACCAGGACCAACUACCCCAACGCUCUUCGUAUCUCCAACCUCGUCAUGAUGCUGGAGUUCUUCCAGAGGACGGAGACCAGGACCAACUACCCCAACGCUCUUCGUAUCUCCAACCUCGUCAUGUACAUCGUCAUCAUCAUCCACUGGAACGCCUGCCUCUACUACUCCUUCUCCAAGGCCAUCGGUUUCGGCUCUGACAGGUUCGUGUAUCCCGACCCAAAGGAUCCAGAGUUUGGUCGCCUGGUGAGGAAGUACGCCUACAGCAUGUACUGGUCCACGCUGACGCUCACGACCAUCGGAGAAACGCCGCCCCCUGUGGAGAACUCAGAGUACAUCUUCGUCGUCACUGACUUCCUGGUGGGUGUGUUGAUUUUCGCCACCAUCGUCGGUAACGUCGGCUCGAUGAUCACCAACAUGAACGCUGCCAGAGCCGACUUCCAGGCUCGCAUCGACGCCAUCAAACAGUACAUGAGCUUCCGAAAGGUGACGAAGGACCUGGAGAAACGAGUCAUCAAGUGGUUUGACUUCCUGUGGACCAAUAAGAAAGCAGUGGACGAGCGGGAGGUGCUGAAGUACCUGCCUGACAAACUGAGAGCCGAGAUCGCCAUCAACGUCCACCUGGACACUCUGAAGAAGGUGCGUAUCUUUGCGGACUGCGAGGCCGGUCUGCUGGUGGAGCUGGUGCUGAAGCUGCAGCCUCAGGUCUACAGCCCGGGAGACUACAUCUGUAAGAAGGGCGACAUCGGCAGAGAGAUGUACAUCAUCAAGGAGGGAAAACUCGCUGUUGUCGCCGACGAUGGCGUCACGCAGUUUGUGGUUCUGAGCGAUGGAAGCUACUUUGGCGAGAUCAGCAUCCUGGCUAUUAAAGGCAGUAAGGCGGGAAACAGGAGGACGGCAAACAUCAGGAGCAUCGGCUACUCCGACCUCUUCUGUCUGUCCAAAGACGACCUGAUGGAGGCGCUGAAGGAGUAUCCUGACGCCAAGGCUCUGCUGGAGGAGAAGGGACGGCAGAUUCUGAUGAAGGACGGACUGCUGGACCUGGAGGUGGCAGCGCAGGGCCCCGACCCCAAAGAGAUCGAGGAGAAGGUGGAGCGGAUGACGAGCACGCUGGACAUCCUGCAGACGCGGUACGCGCGGCUGCUGGCCGAGCACGAGGCCACGCACAGCAAACUCAAACACAGAGUCACGCGGCUGGAGAGGAAGCUGCCGCUGCCGCCGCGCGCCGACCAGCCGGGCGACGCCCCGCCCCCGCCCACACCUGAGCCGACCAAAUAAGAAGAGAAGAAGUAGAGUCGAGAGGAAGAGCAGCAGGAGGGGUUUGGUUGUAGAGCCUGGAUUAGCCAGAAAGAGAACGAGGUUUGAAAUUGACAAGGACAAAAUUAAAUUCAAAGGUCGAAUUAAAGUUUUGAAUCUGAAUUCCGGUUUUCAAAGUAAAAGUUUCAAAAUAAAAUUAAAAAAAAUAUUAAUUUCAAAUUCAGCUCCUUACGUUCAGACUGACGUGACAUCCAGAAGCAACAGGCAGAUGUUCUGUCUGUUCACAUGUGGACUGACACAGGGACGAUCGAGCUUCAGAAGACAAGAGAGAGAGAGAAAGUAUUACUAUAAUAUUAAGCUGUAAAACACUGUAAUUAUAAUGUAUAUGCGGCACAUAUUUCCUGUAUCAAGCCGAGCUGGUUCAUAGCUGAUAGCUUGUAUUUUACAGUAAGAGUGCAGCUGUUUCUGAGACUGUCUGAGGUUUAAAGUGUAAAAACACCUGAGUGUGUGUUUUCUUCAAACAUUCAAACAUUUCCUCUGACGUUUCACAGACUCAAUGAGCUUUAAUGUCUAGAUCAACUGCUUUCAAACCAGUAGAGGUCAGAGGUCAGCAGACCUGCAUCUCACUGUAUGUACCUCCAUGGUUAGUUUUUGUACACUGCGACUGGUGACAUGCUGCUGUUGAAGCUACUGAGUAAAUAACAGAAUCAGUAUAAAGCUCUGGAAGCACUGCGCUGAAAUAAAGAGAUUUUAUAAGGAAAAACUGAACUGCUCCUUUUGUAAAACACAGCUGGACAAACACUUAAA